AAUGGUGUGAAAGUGUAUAAUCAACCAAAAUCUGGAGAAGAAUAGCCGGUGACUUGGUGGAGUCUUUAACAGUCAGUGAGCUGUGUAUAUCCUACUCUAUAGUUGAAGAAUGUCUGGAGAUAUAGGCCUUGUUACAGCACAAUUUAAAUCUCUGACCAAAACAGCAAUACUCGAGAAGGAGAGGAUUGAAGAAGAAGAGGCUGUUGCUGAUGGUGGGAAAGAAGAUAAUCAACAAAAAGAUGGAGCUGAAAUUAUUGGUGAUGUAAUGGCUUCAACAGUCACUGAACAAUGUUCAUGCUUCCCUGAAGGUGGUGAAGAUUUGUCUGCAGAUAUGGGGUGCCCUUCAGCUCAACUUAAAACUCAGUCGGAACCACCACUAGCAGAAGAAAAGAGGAGUGAAGAGCGAGAGACCAUUGUGCAUGCUGAAACAAAUGUGAAACAAGUGAUGGUGUUGGAGACUGAAUUAUUUGAAAAAAAGGGAACUGUGGUGUUGCAGAGACUUCUGCGGCCCCCUAGAUAUUUUAACUUCAAAGGGAGCAUAUGGGAAGCAUGCCAAAUAUGUGGUGAAGAAAACCAUGGAGCAGCAGGUUGUAGUCCUCUUGAAAAGAAGAAACGGCGAUGCUUUAUCUGCGGACAUUAUGGGCAUAAUGGAAAAUAUUGCAAGAAGAAAAUUCAAUGCUGGGUUUGCAAAGCUUUUGGCCAUCUUUUAUGCGUAGACUACAAAUAUUAUGGACCAAAACAAGUAUCUUGCUACAACUGUGGGAAGCUUGGUCAUUUAGGUUCAGAUUGCUUAAAUUUACGUGGGAACAUUCAGUUAGCUUCUCGUAGCUGCAAGAAAGGAGGGACUGGUCCCUCCUGCAGUGAAGGCAAUAAUGCAGCAGAUCAUACAUUGCAAGAUGAAAAGAAAGGAGAUAAAUAUCUUUUAUGUGAAGACAGAGAAUCUGCGAAGGUCCAGGAUCUUCUUCAGCAAAUGGAGAGAAGUGAUGUCUUAGGCUCUGAACUGGCUUCCAAGAAGAUUAGCAGAUCGAGAUGGAGGAAGCGCAAGCGACGACAAAGCAGAACUGUAAGAAUAGCUGAGGAUGGAAGAAUGGAAAAUGGCAGUCAGUGUGGCAUGCGACAAGAAUACCAGUCUUCGGAAGAAGCAAAACCAAAUGUGUUGUUGAAACCGGCAGCAACGUGA